AUGAAGCUUGGUUGGAUCGAGGCGGCUGCUUUGACGGCUGCUUCAGUGGUCAGCGCUCAGGAUGACCUAGCGUUCUCUCCUCCCUACUACCCUUCCCCCUGGGCGAACGGCCAAGGUGAAUGGGCCGAAGCAUACAACCGCGCUGUUCAGAUUGUGUCGCAGAUGACAUUGGACGAAAAGGUUAACCUUACAACUGGUACAGGUUGGCAGCUCGAGAAAUGCGUUGGGCAGACAGGAAGUGUUCCCAGGCUCGGGAUAGGAUCGCUCUGCUUACAAGACAGCCCUCUGGGUAUCCGUUUCUCCGACUACAAUUCAGCUUUCCCCGCCGGAGUAAACGUCGCCGCGACGUGGGAUAAACAAUUGGCAUACCUCCGUGGUCAGGCAAUGGGCCAGGAGUUCAGCGACAAGGGCAUUGAUGUGCAAUUGGGCCCGGCCGCUGGUCCUCUUGGCAGACACCCCGACGGAGGUCGCAACUGGGAAGGAUUCGCUCCUGACCCGGUGCUGUCCGGUGUUCUCUUCGCCGAGACUAUCAAAGGUAUUCAGGAUGCCGGUGUGAUCGCAACCGCGAAGCACUACAUCCUUAACGAAGAGGAGCACUUCCGGCAGGUACCUGAGGCCAUUGGCUACGGUUACAACAUCACCGCAACCCUGAGCGAAAACGUCGACGACAAAACCUUGCACGAAAUGUACCUUUGGCCCUUCGCAGAUGCCGUGCGCGCUGGCGUUGGUGCCAUCAUGUGCUCCUACCAGCACGGAAACAACAGCCAAGCCUGCCAGAACAGCCACCUCUUGAACAAGCUUCUGAAGGCCGAGCUGGGCUUCCAGGGUUUCGUCAUGAGCGACUGGUCCGCCACGCACAGUGGAGUUGGCUCUGCUCUGGCUGGAAUGGACAUGACCAUGCCUGGAGACAUCGCCUUCAACGAUGGACUUUCGUACUACGGUGCCAACUUGACGAUAGGUGUUCUUAACGGUACCAUUCCUCAGUGGCGUGUUGACGACAUGGCCGUCCGAAUUAUGGCUGCUUUCUACAAGGUCGGCCGUGACCGUCUGUACACUCCUCCCAACUUCAGCUCCUGGACGCGACAGGAGAAGGGUUUUGAGCAUUAUGCGGUAUCUGAUGGGGCUUACGAGACCGUCAACCAGUUCAUCGAUGUCCAGCGCGACCACUCUUCUAUCAUCCGCCGCGUCGGCGCGGACAGUGUUGUUCUUCUGAAGAACGAAGGGUCACUCCCCCUCACCGGUAAGGAGCGCAAUGUCGCUCUCCUCGGCGAGGACGCGGGCUCGAACCCCUACGGUGCGAACGGCUGUGAUGACCGCGGAUGCGCUCAAGGAACCCUUGCCAUGGGUUGGGGUAGUGGAACAGCCAACUUCCCCUACCUCGUCACUCCUGAGCAGGCGAUCCAGGCAGAGGUGCUCCAGGGACGUGGAAAUGUAUUUGCGGUGACUGACAACUGGGCCCUGGACAAGGUCAACAAGACCGCUUCCGAGUCGACUGUCUCUCUUGUUUUCGUCAACGCAGGGGCCGGAGAAGGAUACAUCAGCGUCGAUGGCAACGAGGGUGACCGCAAGAACCUUACCCUCUGGAAGAACGGUGAGAACCUGAUCCACGCUGCUGCAAGCAACUGCAACAACACCAUCGUCGUCAUCCACUCCGUCGGUGCCGUCCUCGUCGACAAGUUCUACGAGCACCCCAACGUCACUGCCAUUCUCUGGGCUGGUCUUCCUGGCCAGGAGUCGGGAAACUCUCUUGCCGACGUGCUCUACGGCCGCGUCAACCCCAACGGAAAGACCCCAUUCACAUGGGGCAAGACGCGCGAGUCCUACGGCGCUCCCCUUCUGACCGAGCCCAACAAUGGCAACGGUGCCCCGCAGACCGACCACACUGAGGGCGUCUUCAUCGACUACCGCCAUUUUGACAAGACCAACCAGACUCCGAUCUACGAGUUUGGCCACGGACUGAGCUACACCACUUUCAAGUACUCUAACCUCACAGUCCAGAAGCUGAACGCUCCUGCCUACACUCCUACGUCUGGCCAGAGCAAGGCUGCGCCCACAUUCGGUACCAUUGGCGAGGCCGCCGACUACUUGUUCCCUGAGGGCAUCAAGCGAAUCCGAGAGUUCAUUUACCCCUGGAUCAACUCCACCGACCUCAAGGAGUCUUCCGGCGAUCCGAACUACGGAUGGGACAACGAGGACUACAUCCCCGAAGGCGCCCGCGACGGCUCUCCCCAAGACCUCCUUCCCUCUGGUGGAGGUGCCGGAGGAAACCCGCGCCUCUACGAUGACCUUAUCCAGGUCUCAGCCACGAUCAAAAACACCGGUUCUGUGGCGGGAAGCGAGGUUCCCCAAUUGUACGUCUCCCUGGGCGGCCCCAACGAACCGAAGGUGGUCCUUCGCGGCUUCGACAAGCUCGACAUCCAACCUGGCGAGGAGCGCGUGUUCACGACGACCCUGACCCGUCGCGACUUGUCCAACUGGGACGUGGUGAAGGACAACUGGGUUAUUACGGAGUACCCUAAGAGAGUCUUUGUUGGAAGCUCCUCUCGCAACCUUCCUCUCAGGGCUUCGUUGCCGACAGUUCAGUAG